GGGGAGAGCUACCAGCCACUCUCUCCUUCUGUGAGAGGGGGUUGAUGAGAAAAGGAGAGACUGCCAAGAGAUGGACUUGAGUGGGAGGAGACUGCUCUGCCAAAAGCCAGCCUUGAAUGUUAUUCUCUCAAAAGGAAUAUGACAAAACUGAAGAUAUACUUGCGGAAAUAGCUACAGCUGGACAGGGUCAAGAGGUGUAUUCCCAUGGAUGAUUCAAGCCUAUCUAGCCCUUUUGAUGUAGACAAAGGCUUUGCCAUUGCCUUUGUUGUUCUUCUGUUUCUUUUCCUAAUAGUGAUGAUUUUUCGCUGUGUUAAGUUGGUGAAGAAUCCCUAUGAGGCCAGUCUCCCAACCACAGAACCAUCUUUGAGCUGAAUUAUGAAAAAGCCUGGUAGACUCCACCUCACAGAAGAUUUAAAACUUUUUAUACCAAGGAUGGACAUCCAGAUUUUAUAUUAUUUCACCUCCCUAAUUCUCAGCUUUCUCACUCUUGCAUUCUACAAUAGACACAUGAGGGUGACUUGA